UCAAAGGCUUCAAGCAGAAGGACGAUCGGAUCGAUGGAUGUCUGGACAAAGCCAAUAAGCUAAACACAUUCUUCAGGUUUGGAUCAGAAACAAGCUCAGCAUCUUCCUCUCCUGCUCACAGCUAAUUAGACAUCAGACAGUGUGAUGUUUUUCUUGCAUCUCCUGCUAGGGUAGCAGCAUCAGAGACUGGGACCUGAAAAAGCUCAACAAGCUGAUAAAGAAGGCUGGUUCUGUUCUGGGGACUCCUGGAACCUCUGGAGAUCAUAGUACAAAGGAAGAUUCUUUAUGAAAUGAGGAAUAUUAUGGAGAACCUUGAGCAUCCUCUUCAUGAGACUGUUGUACAACAACAGUGUCUUCAGUCAGAGGCUUCUUCAGAUUUGCUGUAAAACAGACCGCUACAGGAGAUCCUUCCUGCCCAUCAGCAUCUACAAAGGCUCUUUAAAGAAACCUGCUUCAUAUGAGCUACAACAACAUUUAAUUUCCCUUUGGGAUGAAUAAAGUAUUUUUAAACUGCAUUGAAUAAAAGUUCCUGGAUUACUUUGAUCAGCUUAAAAAACCUAAAUUAAAGAUAUGCUCAAUAUUUAGUUGCAUCCUGAUCUCUAACUUGACACUUUGUGAACCAUAAAGAGAGACUUCCUUUUUUCUGCAUUAAGAAAUUCUGAACCAUUCACACAUUUUAUGGACACACAGGCUCAGUGACUGUAAGGGACUUUGGUAUGGUGAUGACACAAACUUGAAUAGUUUUGUGUCAUCAGCAAAUGUGCGAUUAGAGAUGGUGUACACAAUAAUCUCAGCUAGGGCUGGCAUAUAGAUAUUGAAUAAAAGUGGCCCAAGAAUUGAACCUUUGGGAAGCCCAGAUAUGUAGGUCCAAAUUGUUUCUAAAUUAUUUAUAAAUUAAGCAUGCUGAUAUUACUUUAAGGAAAUAAGAAAUAAAGAUCUUAACGUAGGAUUUUUCCACACACUAAAUAAAUAUGACCAAAUUAAUGGUUGAAUCUUUCUAAACUGUUUCGUGCAAUGUUAUGCUGCUGUAAAGAAAAUGGGAGUAGGUGAGGUGCUUAGUGUAAGUCAUCAAACAAUUGUAGUUACAUGUAGUUACACAAAGUGCAUAUAAUAUAUUGUCAGUCUAGUUAAUAAUUUUUGAAAAUGUUGUAGAACAGAAUUGUUUACCCUAGAAACCAAAAAAAAUGGAACAAACAUUUAGUCAAAAAUUCACAUUUCUGCCCUAGAUCAUAGUUUUAUUUAGGUAUUGCAGGGAAUCUUCUGGUUCCUUUCAUUUUGCUACAUUUUGCAAAUAAAAUUGCCUUAAUUUGUAUCUUAACCUAUUUGGAGGAUAUUUAUCAAAUAACUUUUUUUCUGUUAUUAGUUAAAAAGAAUAUUGAAUAAAACUGUGAGGCUCUAUACAGUUGAAACAAGAAAAACUACUAAAAAUAUAAGUAGGAAGUUAAUGUCUGAGCUGUAAAGGUCUGCUUUCACAAAAGAAUAAAUAAAGAACAUCUUCCACUCACCACCACUGUAUAGUGAAUCCUUUGUGACUGACAGGAGACUGAUGCAGUUAUUGAUAUAUAUUUAUUUCCUCACCCACACUGCAGCCCGAAUUGCUCUGGGCUGAUUACUCACCCCUGUGUAUCGCCACACAUAUCGACAUCUUUCUAAAUUAUUCAGGCAGCACUACACUGAUUUGCCUGAUCACUGAUGGUGAAUGAGGCUUCAUAAUGUCAAAAAAGCCUCUCUAUGUUUACAAUUAAGGAUAUCUUUGUGGACAUGAGAAAGUGUAACACCAUACCUGCAUCUAUCUAUUGUAUAUGUGUUUUUUGUUUUGUCUUUACCAUUUCCUUAAUUCCCAAAUAUGUUUCCUGCCAUUACCUCUGAUGUAACUUUGUUUACCAAUGUGGUUUUUUUUUUUAGAACAGAGGAAAGAAGAAAUCUCAUAGCUUGUUUAUAUAAUGAGUCUUGGCAAUUAAUUGCUUUAAAGUUUAAUUUACUAAGUGCUGCAUGCUUAUUUUCGGAUUUCAUAUUAAGCUUAAAUGUGCAUUUUAGUUUUACAGCCCUUAAUGCUAUUAUGUAAGAAAAAAUAAAAACAUUUGGUCAAAAGAGUUGUGUUGAGAUUUAAGACAAAAACACCAGCACAUGAACUGAUUAAAAAAGCAUGGACAUUAUUUCCAUUAGUCAUUCAGAGUUUGUUGGGCAGCUUUUUAUAGUCAACGUCUCAAGUUUAUUUCAUAACCUGCAAAACAGAAGUAGGCUAUAUAAUUAGAACAAUGGAAAUUGUAAAAUUAUAUUCAUGUAUUUAGGCAGCCAUGAAUAAACAGGUAAAGGAGGUUACUUUUUCAGUUCCAAAUUGUGGUUUUGCUUGGUUUAAUAAUGUGUUUAUGUAGUGUUAUGAGGUGUUUUCUCCUGCAGUGUGCCCUGCUUUGAAUAAGUGCAACAUAAAGUGUGAAUACUUUCGUUUCUGCAUCGUCUUAUUUGUUGUAUAAUUUUAUCCAACUCUGCUGUGAUAUCUGAUCCAAGGACACAUACAUCAAACACAGAGCUCUGACUGGAUUGUUCGCCAUCUAUGUUGUUACUGUUGGUGAAUGCUGCCUGUGGUGUUGCACUGGCCAUUAGCUAUUACAGAGCUCCAAAGGGACUAACAGUCCUUAUAACCCUCUAAGCAGCAGUAAGAUUGGGCUGAAAUACCUUGUUUUUGUUGUAGAGUUUCAGUUCUUAAUAUUUGAAAACAAUAUUUUCUUAAGAAUUAAGCUUAUGAUUAAAACAAUUUUUUUUGCUUUUUUCUGCUCAGGAAUACCAGAAAGCAAAUUAUACAAGAUUGUCAGAAAGAUACCCUAACUUUCCUCUUCUCUGAUUUUUCCAUAAAUAAUGUCUUUCAUAUAAAUUAGUUGAGUUUCGACCAGUUGAAGUAACUUAAAUUAUGAAAUAGAACUGAUGAAAUGUAGUUGCUAUUCCUAAAAAAAGCAGUGCAAUAGCCCUUUACCAAGGCUACAACUAGGACACUUAACUGUUCAGUGUUAUGAAAGGAAAAAUAGAGGUGUGAUGUAAAGGUAUGUCUAAAAGAUAUGGAAACAUUCCUGUUUUAGGGGUUUUUACACUCUCUUGUAAGGGCAAAUGUACAAAAAAGGUCACACAGAGAUAAAUAAAAUAAAACCAGCAAGAUAAAUAUCUGAAAUGAAAUAUAAAAAAAAUAACAUACAAUAUUGUCCAGAAAUUUUGACACAUUCCUAUUAAGCACCAAAACAUUUUUGCAGUUUUUUAAAGCAGUCUUGGUAAAGGUGAAGGUGUUUUACAAUGAGCUUUAUUGACUGGAUUUGUGCACACAAACAAGGCAUUUGACUUUGGGUUGACACACUCACAGUGAACAGACAUUAGAUAUAAAUAUAUACACUUUGGAGGAGAUAAAAAAAAUAAAAAGAAGACAUGUUAAUAUGUGCCAUCUCUUUUUUAAAAUAAAAAACAGACAGGUUAGGUUAUUGCAGAUAUCCAUAUUUGUAUUUAACAGUAGAGUAGCUUACUAAGGAGUUCAUUGUGUUCAAAGUUGUAUUUUACUUUUAAUUACUAUCUCCAGCAGAUGAACUGUAUCGGAGAGUCGUACCUUUAAGAAACAAGAACAUUUUCCACAGACACAACACAGAACCUAAAAGGUGCAUCAAGUUUUUAGCCAGCAGCUUUCUGGGGACAAAAUAUUAUUUUCUUUUUGUUCGAACUAUGAUCUAAAAUAAUUACAAAAAAAUAAAUAAUAAGUAAAUAAAAUUAAAAAAUAAAAACUAAUAUCUUUGGCAUUUUUUAAAGUGUGUUCAUAACUGUUGAUCUACUAAGAUUACCAGUAAUUUUGCAAAUAAUACCAAGAUGUUUCUUCAGAUGUGGCAGCUAAGGAUCAAUGAACAGAAGGCAUCAAAAUUUGCAAAAACUUAAGCAACUUUAAAUGUACUGCACUGCAUUAUUGUGCAUCAUUGUUUAUAGCUGGUGUGCAAAGGAGAGGAGCAUGGAGGUUCCAGAAGUGUUGGGGCAGAGUAUGAUCUCACAGGUGGUGUGAAGCUUGUGACAUCACAGUUAUGUCCUUCCUUCUGCUUCAUUACCUCAUAGAUGAAGGACCACGAACAAUUUUCUGCCAGUUACUAAGUGGUACUGAACACUAUCUCAGUAAUACGCUUAACCUUUUCUUAAUAACAGCGGAAAAAGGUGACUUCUUUCAACCCCACCAUGGCAACCAACAAGACAAAGCAGGGACGAGGCAGGAAAACUAACAAUGACGUCAAGCCUCUGUCAAAACAAGAAAAGAAGCAGAAUGCCAAAGUGGCCGAAGUCAACUCUGAUCUCUGGGAGCUGAAGCUGAAGAGAACUGAGCAGGAUUUGGCCCUCUACCAGAAGGCACACCACAAUAUGGUCAGCGAGAAUGAGCAGCUCAGGAGUUUCCUGUACCACUCAGAGAUGAGUAAUUUUCAGACCACUGAUUAUUGGCAGAAACAAUUAAACGAUAAAGACGAGAAGAUUGAGAACCUGAAGCAACAGCUCAAACGGCAAGAAGAGCUUGCAAUCAAAGCGAAACUUGAGUGCGAAAAUGAAAGGAAGCAAUAUUUCAAAAUGUUUGAGGAAGACAUUUUACAAAGAAAGGCCAAUGAGGCUGUGAUGCAGAAAAAAAUGGUUAACAUGAGAAAACAACUGCAUACAUCUAAGGAAGAAUACAGAGAAAACCUAAGAGAAAAAGAGAAAGAGAAAUAUUCACUUAUAGAAAAGCAAAGAGCAGAGAUCGAAAGGCAACACAAAAGUAAUGAAGCAAAGAGAAUUCUGGUAAAGCUUGAUCAGGAAAAAGCCAUUGCCAAGUUAGAAAGUGAAUUGAAACAAGCAUAUACGGAGAAAAAUUGCAUAAGUGAAAAACUACAAAAUGCAGUUGCUGAGGUAGAGGAUCUGAAGAACCUGGCUCAAUCAUUGUGUAAGGACAAACUUGCACUGGCAGUGGAUAAAAAAAUUCUCACCUCAACAUUAAAGGAGAACAUUGCAGAGAUGGCACUUGAGGAAAAGACGCUUACUGAAGUCAAGGCCAAAGCUGCUUCUUUGGAGCGGGCCCUCAAGAAAAUGGAAGAAGAAACGAGGGAGAAAGAGAAAAGAAACCAAGUCACCAUCCAGGCCAGCGAGGUUGAGUUGGACAAGCUGCAGAAGAUCAUUGCCAUGCGUGAGAAGGAGAUCCACCACAUCAAGCAGCUGGCGAGGACCAUUGUAGAGAAACGUAAAGAUAUGGAGGUGUUCUUCCAUGAAGCGCUGGAUCACAUCAGACAGGAGAUUGCUGAUCACAGAAAGCGGUACAAAAGGGAGGCAUAUCAAGACUACCGUCAGAAAUUUAGAGAGGACACAGCGAGAAGAACAAGGCUCCCACCCAUCCGCACCUUCCAUCAAAGUCCUAACACCAAUUCUGUCUAUUCAGACAUGAAAGCCGUUAACAAGGAGGUUUACAUCUCUGAUCUCACUUGGGAGCAAAAAGAAAAGGUACUCACCCUUCUCUUUGCUAAAAUGAAUGGAUAUGCAGAAAGUGAGGUCAAUAGAAGCUGGAUUUGUGAGUCCUGCCGGAAGCAGAGCAAUCUUCUGACACCAAAGCCACCGAACAAAAAGUUCAGUAAUAAAAAUGUGCAUUAAAAAUAACCUUCUUGCAUGUUUCGGGCUCUUAAGGAUGUACAAUUAUUGCUAUGGGGGAUAAAACCUCAAUUGUAAUAAAAAUUGUGAUUUCUCAUAACAAUAAACUCUAAAGGUAUAUGUAUAUAUAUCUAUAUAUGUGUGUGUGUGUGUGUGUGUGUGUGUGUGUGUGUGUGUGUGUGUGUGUGUGUGUGUGUGUGUGUGUGUGUGUGUGUGUGUGUGGGGGUAUAUAUACAUAUAUAAGUUAAAUAAAAAAUCACAGGUACUGUCAGCUGAUCUAACACAAUUAAGCACCUAAUUAGCAGCUAAUCAGAAUACUGUCAAAAUAGGAUCAUUACGAUUACAACUUUUACUUGUCUACAGCAGCAAGUCCAA